UAAUGAUAGGGCGGCAGCCGCAGCCUCAGCAGCAGAGGUAGUCGGGGAGGUGGAGAAACCAGAGCACCAUGAACGAACACACAGGUGUUCCUGUGAGUAAUUAGAUUGCGGAAGGCGAAAAUACACCUUAGAGUUUUUACCUGGGAGCACACUAGUGCUGAGAAAGAAUCUGAAGGCAAAGAGGAAGAGAUCAAAUCGGUCAGUCACCCCAAGAGACACCAAAGUUGAAAGUUUGGAGGUUUUAUUCUUUUAAUUUUUUUUUUUCUUUUGCUCUGUUUCCUUUUUUCCCUGCGGGUCACUACCAUGGUCAGAAAGGCUGUGGCAUCCACCAUCUCCAAUGGGGCUUACCUGCAGGGCGGUGUCAACGCGAGGCUGUCUUCCCUGGGCGGCAAGGAGCCACCUGGGCAGGAGAAAGUUGUGCUGAAGAGGAAAAUCAGUCUGUUGAGAGGGAUCUCCAUCAUCAUCGGCACCAUCAUUGGAGCAGGAAUCUUCAUCUCUCCUAAGGGCGUGCUCCAGAACACGGGCAGCGUGGGCUUGUCCCUGGUUGUCUGGACGGUCUGCGGGGUCCUGUCACUGUUUGGAGCCUUGUCCUAUGCUGAACUGGGAACAACUAUAAAGAAAUCUGGUGGUCAUUACACAUACAUUCUGGAAGUCUUUGGCCCAUUACCAGCUUUUGUGCGAGUCUGGGUAGAACUGCUCAUUAUACGCCCUUCAGCCACUGCUGUGAUAUCUCUGGCCUUUGGACGGUACAUUCUGGAACCAUUUUUCAUUCACUGUGAAAUUCCUGAACUUGCAGUCAAGCUCGUUACAGCUGUGGGCAUAACUGUGGUGAUGGUCCUAAAUAGCAUGAGUGUCAGCUGGAGCGCCCGGAUCCAGAUUUUCCUAACCUUUUGCAAGCUCACAGCAAUUCUGAUAAUUAUAGUCCCUGGAGUGAUGCAGCUAAUUAAAGGGCAAACACAACACUUUAAAGAUGCCUUUUCAGGAAGAGAUGCAAGUAUUAUGGGAUUGCCACUGGCUUUUUAUUAUGGAAUGUAUGCAUACGCUGGCUGGUUUUAUCUCAAUUUUGUUACUGAAGAAGUGGAAAAUCCUGAAAAAACCAUCCCCCUUGCGAUAUGUAUAUCCAUGGCCGUCGUCACCAUUGGCUAUGUGCUAACAAAUGUGGCCUACUUUACAACCAUUAGUGCUGAGGAGUUGUUGCUUUCAAAGGCAGUGGCAGUGACUUUUUCUGAGCGGCUCCUGGGAAAUUUCUCAGUAGCAGUUCCAAUCUUUGUUGCCCUCUCCUGCUUUGGUUCCAUGAAUGGUGGUGUGUUUGCUGUCUCCAGGUUAUUCUAUGUUGCAUCUCGGGAGGGUCACCUUCCGGAAAUCCUCUCCAUGAUUCACAUCCGCAAGCACACUCCUCUGCCAGCUGUUAUUGUUUUGCACCCUUUGACAAUGAUAAUGCUCUUCUCUGGGGACCUCUACAGUCUUUUGAAUUUCCUCAGUUUUGCCAGGUGGCUUUUUAUUGGGCUGGCGGUUGCUGGGCUGAUUUAUCUUCGAUACAAACACCCAGAUAUGCAUCGUCCUUUCAAGGUGCCGCUCUUCAUCCCAGCUUUGUUUUCCUUCACGUGUCUCUUCAUGGUCGCCCUUUCCCUUUAUUCAGACCCAUUUAGUACAGGGAUUGGCUUCAUCAUCACUCUGACCGGGGUCCCUGCCUACUAUCUCUUUAUUAUAUGGGACAAGAAACCCAGGUGGUUUAGAAGAAUGUCAGACAUUACAACCAGAACAUUACAAAUAAUACUGGAAGUUGUACCAGAAGAAGAUUGUCAUAAAUUAUAAAUUAAUGCAUUUGAAGUCUUGGCAAUCUAUCCUUGGCUUUGUUUCUGCCCAAAGGGCUGAAACAAAAAAUAUAUCUUCACUCCUUUUAUGAAAAUCCAGAGGAUUGCAACUUUGGAGAUGGACUAAAGGAAUUGGUUAUUUCUGUUUAGUCUUCCAGUGUAUUCAAACUGGUUUCUAAGAAAUUUAGUUAUUAUUCCAUGUGGUUAUAGAACGCUGAUAUGCAAUUAUACCGUAAGUUCACAUGAUCAUUGUGAACUAUCAAGUCCCUGAUACCUACCUGUUGAGGUUAGGGAAAAAGACUACAGAAUGGCAAUUACUUUAGUGGUCUUUCUCUAUAACAUAUCUUAUGGCUAAGAACCUUCAGACUGAAAACUGAGAUGUUUUCUUUAAUAUGGGUUUUGUAAAAACAAUUUUUAUAUACUAUAGAUAACUGUACUGUGAAAAUUGUUUUCUACUCUUCUGGGGAAAAAAAAGUGUAUGUUAUCAUUAUGGACAGAGGAAAGAAAGAAAUUUAUUUUACAUUGGCAUUGCAUUGCUUCCCACAGAUAUCAGCUUAGAUAUCAUACAUGUUUUAAUGGAUUAUACCCAGAACAUUUUGAAAAAGAAAAAAAAAUUAGGGGUAUGCCUAAUUUUGAUGAAUACAUGAAAGAAGAGUUUCUAGGGGCUAUUGUUUAUGAGACAAAUCCAGGAAUUAUGUUUAAGUAAAAAAAAUGCUUGAGAAUUUAUUAUGUUAGGAUUUUUUUCACUCAUUAUCAGGAAGCUUCAUAGUUACGUGCCAUUUGUUUUCAUGGCAGCCUAAUUGAUCAGGAAAGGAUGUAACGCCUUUCUUAGAGCAAAGCAAUAGUCAGUUUGGUAUUAAAUCCUCUUAAGCAUGAUCAUGUGUUUCACUAAUAAUUUACUCUUUGAUAAAUACAUCUAAAUAUGUGCAUUUUAAAAUCAAGUUACAAUAUCAACAGAAGACGGAAAUCACCAAAAAAGAAAAUGCCCAAAAUAUUAUGCCCCACUCUAUAGUUCUACAUACAUUGUUAGUGUUUCUGAACAUUUUUUAAACAUCUCAUAGCUGUUUUUACAUGGUGAUGAAUUUUGACAGUUUUACAUUUUCUUUAUACAUUUUAUAUUGUUAAAAUAUCUCUUUGGACAAAACUGUCCAGGUCAAUUAGGAAAAGAUACAUAUUUACAUAAAAAUUAAGGAAGAAAUGUCACUGCUAAAUAAGAUUUACAACUGAUGUUUCUAAGAAUGUUUCCAUUUCUCUCUCUAGGCUUUAUCAGUAAUUUCCUGACAAAGUAAAAGAGAUAACUGAUAAAUUCACUGAAAGAAACUGUACAUGAAAUGUAUAUAUUCAGACAGGUAUUACUAUGCUGGGUUUAGAAAAUACUGUGGAAUUUUCAAAUAAGAAUAAUAUAAUGAUGAAAUUUGUUAACCAUUAUUUACUUAAGUCUCAGAGUAAAUAGUCAUGGCCAGAAUUUUUUCAUUCUAUAAUUUUUGUCCAUUUGAAAAGAAGAAUUUUUGGAAGAAUUACAAUGAUUAAAAUCAUUAGGAGCAGAUAUAUAGAGUUCAUAGACAGUUGAUCAAAGUAGAAAUGAUGAUAAUUUGAGGCAAUUUCAAUUAAUUAAUUUUCAAUUCGUUAAUUUCAAAAUUUAAUUCAGUUAAUUAAAUUUCAUUUAAUUAAAUUUCAAUUUAAUAUAUAUCUGAGAUUGAAAUUUUUUCAGCCAAACGUAGUGUUUGGGUCUUUACGUGAAUUUAUAAAAAUUCCUUCCUUUUUCUCUUACCAUGGAUUUUCAGAAUUUGAUCUGUAGUCUGUACAUCUUAUAUUCAUUUGUCUACAUCUGUCCCCACUAAAUUGUUGCUAUAGGUGAAAACAGAUUUCCUUUAUAUUCUUUUUUACAGUCUAGGCCCAUGUAAUCUAAACCAGCAAACUCUCCUGGAAUUGUUUUUUUCCCCUAAUGAAAAAAAAAUGGUAAAGUCUCAUGGAGAAGUUUGUAUAGUUACUGAUUAUUCCUGAGGUUAAUGUGCUUAUAUCCAAAGUGGAAGAUAGGUCUCCUCCUUUUAGUUAUUUUAGUUUUGGUUCUAUUCUCUUUAAAUAUGUCAUUAUACAAGCUAACUAGAGAACAUAUUCAUUAUUAUUUUCAUUAUUUUAAAAAUUAUUUUUGCAUUGUUGAAUUUCUAAUGCCAUUGUAAUACCAUUUUAACCAGAUGGAAAGUCAGUCAGUAAUUUUUUUUUCUUUUUAAAGUGAUGAGGAUUAAGUUGUAUUUCUACUUAUCCUUAGGAUACAUCAUGACAAGAUACAGGGCUUCUGUAAUCAUUCAUUCAAUAGUUGUAACAUUUAUUUGGAAUGGUAUUAUGUCAAGCAGAUUCUAGUUUGAAAACUCUCCUACACACUUUUAUAUGUAUAUAUUUUUUUAUGCUAAGUAAUUUUUUCUCAUAUAUAUUUUUCUCAUAUAUCGAACUGUUAGAUGUGAUACAUUUGUACCAGUGUGCAUAUUCAAAUGUUUAAAUACAUUUUAUCCAUUUAUUAUAACACAAAAAAGUAAAAGUAGCCAAUAUAGUUUACGACGGCUAAUAUACUAUUUUCAAAUGUUCUGCUCUUUUGGUACAUAGAUUCUCAAGUAUUUAAAUAUGAAUUUAGUAGAUCUAGUAAAGACCUCCAAAGCUAAAACAAUUUGCUAGGAGAAAUGGAAUGAUUCUCCUUACACAAUUAUGAAUAUUUCAGUAAACGUUUUUGACCCCUUUUAAAAAAUAUUAGACUAGUUUGCUGAGAUUUUUCUAAGAUUGAAUGAAGAAAACUGACCAUUAUAACUGGUGUCUUGGUCAGCUAGGAGUAGACCCUCUUCUUAUCUUUCUUUAGGAGAUUAAAGAUUUGCCCUAGAAAAGAUGGCUGACUCCAGUGCCAAACAUAAACGUUAGAUGUGUGUAUGCACACAUUUGCCUACGUGCUUAUACUGUAUCUCUCCUGCCUCUGCUGGCACAAAAUUAGGACAGAUUAUUAAAUUACAUUUCCAAUUCACGGCAGUUUCUCUAACACUAAGAUAUGCAAGUUGAAACAAGUUUCUACAUUGUUUUAUGUGUCUGGUACAGUUGUUUCCCCAAUUGCUGUUUGAUAUAUCAUCAGAUGGUUAACAUGAGUAUAAUUACAUAACUCAAUAGAAUUCUAUGUUGAACUGAAUCAGUCUUCAGGAAACUUAUUAUCUCUAUUUGAGAUGAAUGUAAUGCUAACUGAGAAAGGGAGCAUCUUUGACCUAUAGCUGAUUUCUUAUAAUUGAGGAGUGGGUUAUGAAAAGAUAGAAAACUAAAGGUCAGAGUAGCAGGAAAUGAAAGGUAGCAUGUGAUUGGAGGGAACUAUAUUUUGGUCUAACUUAUUAUGCAGUAUAAUCAGAGAAAUAUUAAAAAUUAACUGCCUGAUGUAUUUCGGGGAUUUCGGUUAUGCCCUUUUGAAUCCCCUAAAAGCUAAUGAAAUGUAAGCUUCAGUGCCCCUUACUUAGACAUGCCCUUUCCUAGGUCCUGUACCUAAUUUUGCAUUAGGAAUUUUGUAUUACAUUUCUUGAAGAAGGUUAGCAAAAUUAUAUAUACUUCUGGCCCUAAAAAAAUCUGCAUCUGUCCCUAUGAGAAAGGUCAAAGUACUCCCAUUACUUUAUCUAUUAGAAAUAAGCAUGGGGUAUUUGUAGGAUAUAUUUUUAAGUAAUAAAGUUGUGAGUUAAUUGAAAUAUCUCUAUAUAACUAAGUGGCUUUCUCAUAGUACAUAUUAUAUGUGGUAUAUAAGGAGAGAGUUUCACUUUGGACAUAUUUUAUGUGUCAAUUCUGAAUGAUAGAAAAACAAUGGGAUUUUAAUUGUAGCUCUUUUUCUUAGUUUGGAAAGAAAUAUAGAGAGAUUUGAAAUUUGAAUGCAGAGGAGUCAAGAAAUUUGAUUUUAGUUAAAUAAAACCUUGUUUCAUUUCACCCUACGUGAUAUGCUGUAUGUUGGUGCUGAUCAUGUUUACAGAGCUACAUUUACUUUCGUAACCAUUCAAAGUCAGGAAUUAAAGCAUGGCAUUGUGUGACUGACGAAGCUCGUGGUGGAUAUAAAUUAGAGUAGAUAGAGUCAUCUUGGCAGCUUCUGUUUACAGUAUUUAUAUAUAGGUAAAAGAAUUAUUACCUAUAAAUGUAUUUUAGGUUAAUUUUCCCAUAAACAGUAUUUUUAAUUUAUCUCAAUAUAUAUAAUACCUAAAAGUGUAACCUCUAGGUAUUAUUAGUACUGUACUUAAAAAGAUAUUUUAAUAGCCAAUUUUGGGAGAUAAUCCUUCUUUUUGUCGCAUUUUCAAAUUAGUUGGAGUCUAAAAAUAAAUGCUUGGUCUAUUUUUAGUUCUGAUAACAAAUUCACAGAGGCAUACAUCAUGGUCUCACAGAAAGUUCACCAGUUUUCCAUAUGUUGUGAGAUAAUUGUCCUUCCCUACAAACUCGUCAGGAUAAUAACUUGAUCUUUUUGAACCAGUUCUCUGUUUCCUUUGAGUUAAUCAAAUGGUUCCCUUUAUGUUUUAUUUUUUUUUUUUGACAUGAUAUUUUCAAGAUAGGAGUGAGUCUUAAUUUUAUACAAUUACUUGAUAUUCUUAGUCUGAAACUACCACUUCGGUUAUGCCCUUUUGUGUGUCCCUGCUCCCUUCUCUCUGUUACCGUUGGCUUUAAAAUAUCAGUGGAGGAUGGUUACACUCUCCAAAUAGUUAUCUGUUACACGUGUGUAUUUUGGCUACUUGGAUCAAGGGUACAUUUAUAGUAUCAAUAAGUGCCUUAACAGUUUUAUAGAUAAUCUCUCAAGAAACUGUGGAGCACCUAGGUGUCUAGCAGCCAUACAGAUGGAUGCACUGUUUUGAAAGUGAGCAUACUUUUUGCCCUCAACGUAUACACUACUGAUUUUAUUUUUAAAAGUAUGACUUUCAAAUGAAUUAAUUUCUUGGUUAGAAGACUUGCCUCCCGAAUCCUUAUUACCUCUUGUUGAAGCCUCUAAAGGCCAUGUUGAAAACUGGAGAGGAAGAAAAAAAAAAAAAAAAAAAAAGACAUGCACAGUUAUCUCUUUUGCAGCAGUGACUGUAUUUUGAGUACUUUGUGCAGCAGGGUAUUUUGUACAGCAUCUUGUGGGAAAACAGAUUAGGCCUUUGGAUGUUACAGCUGUAUAACUGGUUGGGUUGUGAUUGGCCGACUGAAAUGAGGAUUGUGAAGUUAGAGCCCACUUAUUCCUACUGAUUAACAUUCUUCUGCGCAUGCUCUGAAGCACAUUCAUAGCACACCAGGAGGCGAUGCAAUGUGGUUCCCUGGUUUGAGGUUUGAGCUGUCUUAUUUUAAAGCAUGUCUGAAUUAUUUUUUUCCCUAGCAGUUCUCCUUCAUCCCAAAUUUCCACUUACUGACUAAUGGAAUAGAAAGUAAAAAUACUUUGGAGAAGUAAAACACAGAUUGUUUCAAAUGAGCGUAUGCUUAUAACAGAAUAGAAAUGAUCAACGUUAAACUAAUGUGUAUGCUAAUUACUUCAGACACUACCACAGAGCACUUUUAAAUUGCUCUGGAAGCAAAAACAGUAUAUAUAACUAUGGUUAGCACACAAACCGCAAGACCCCUGCAAAGAUUUCAAGUAGUCUGGGAUUCUUUUUUUUUUUUUUUUUUUUCUUUUUUUUAAGUCUGGGAUUAUUUUGAUCCUCUUUUUGGAGAAAUUUUUUACUUUAUGGCUUUCCCUUGUGAAUGUUGUUACUACUGCUUUAAAUCUAGAACUUAACUAUUGAUACUUAUUAUCUUGAAAACAGGGUUCAUCUUUUGACAGUAUCCAUCUGUGUUCAGAGAGUGGCAUAUCACCUUACUCUUGUUUACUGUGGACACAGGCAUUUGCCUCAAAUUUCUGUCUUUUUGUAGAUGGAUUGCAGCACAAUAGUAAUGAAUUUUCAGUGGUACCUUUCAGCAUUUGGGGAACUUUGCCAACAUCAGCAUCAGAUGUGUUUUAAAAAAAACAAACAGAAAUGGCUUAUUACCAUGUAAUGCAGUGUCUUCUCUUUACGCCAAACUGGUGAACAAACGUGUAUUGAUAGAAUUGUUUCACUGAUGCUAAAUGUUGACUACCUGCAGUUUUAUAAUAAGUGCAAGUCACAAAGAGACAAGACAAAUGGCCUCUUGUACUGAAUGCUUCGAGAACUUCAUUUGUCCUAAUUUUCUGACAAAGAUUUGACUCUGGGUUUCAAAGAGCUUGGUUUUUACUUAUCAUAGAGCAGAUUAGAUGGUAGUGAUGUACUGGUAGAGAUGGUUUUUAGUUAUUGACUCAGAAUUCAUCUCAUGAUGAAUCUUUCAUGUUGUUUUAUUGUCUGUAUAUCUGUAUUGACUUUAUUAACAUGGGUUUAGUGAGCUUUGUGUUAAAAUUUGACCUGGUAGUAAUAAUUUCUUUUUCAACUAUCAAGGGGCAGAAAAAUCCAUAUGUAUUGUAAUGUUCAUUAACAUAUUACUAGGUACUAUAUAUGAAUGUAUUUCAAUGCUUUUCACAGUCUAUGUUAAACAUCAAUAAUAUGUGCCGAUGCAAUCAAUUUAGCCCAGUGGGAAAGUAGUCCAGUUAUUCUGAAGGGCUGUGCUGGCAGCUGUCUCUUUGAUCUGUGCUUAGAUUGCAAUUUAUAGACCAGCUAUAUCCAUUAACUUGGAUCUGGAAUGGGUUCAUCAUGACCUUGGACCAUUCAUUGUGAGUGGAGGGGGUGCGUUUGGGCUGGUGCUCUAAUAUACAGGAACAAGAAGUGCAGCUGAGGGAGAGGGAGGCCCAACAUCCUACAUGGUCCUCAUCUGUGGUGGGGAUUCUUCAUCUUAGCAUUGUGAUAAUGAAACUCAGUAAAUGGGAUUGUGCUAUUUUAUACAAAUUUUGCACAAUAUCUUAUAUUGAUAAAUUUUUAAAGAGCAAAAUUUCUUUUCUGUAUCUACAUUCCAACCAUAUUAGAAGUACUAAGAUAUUUAACUAUGAAAAUAUAAAUGGUGCAAAGGGACUUUCAUCUGUGGAUUGUGCUGUUUCUUAGGGUUCUGUGGCACUGAUGCCUAUACCAGCAUGUGAUAUGUGAAAUAAAAUGGAUUUUUCUACAGCUUAAUGAUUUCCCUCCAGGGAGAGUUCUGGUACAGCAAUCACGCUGCCAGAUGGUGUUUAUGGGCUAUCUGUGUAAGUGGUAAGAUACUAUGAAAUAAGUGUGAUUUCAUCUGAUGGAAACUCUUGAUGCAUGUGUUUUUGUAUGGAAUAGAUUUUGGUGCAAUAUGAUGUCACUCAGUGUUGCAUUGAACUUAAUUUCAAUUGCAUUUACGUAUAUGUAUACCUGUCAUGCUUCUAGUUGCUUCAACCUUUGUAUAUAUAUUUUUGUACAUAUUUUUAGUAGAAAACAUUUGAAAU